GCUGGGAUUAUAGGCGUGAGCCACCGCGCCCGGCCCACAUGCUGGACCUUAUACGUCAGUGAACAUCUGACUGGGCAUGUGCCCCUGUCCCUUCAGUUGAGGUGGGGUUGGCAGCAUUCCCUAGAUGGCAUGAGUGCCGGGAGAGUGGAGGAGGACCUGACGUUUGCCAUUCUGGGGUAGGUUUUAGAGCUCACUAGAUGCCUGUAGAGCGCUAAUGAGAUGGGAAGAAGUCAGCCCACCAUAAUGUACCUGAGGGACAGAGCCUGCGAAGUAAGAAGUGGGUGUGUGGAGGUGCCCUGUCUACAAGAGGGUAAAUUAAAGGCUCAUUGCAGUGGCGCUGUCUCAUCUCACUGCGGCUGGUGGCUGUUGCCACGCCAUCCCUCUCCAGAGCAGGAAGGCCGUCAGCCUCAUCUAUAAUUGAAUGUCUUUUGGGAUGUUUGGAUAGUCCUUUAUUGCCUGGAAAUUCAGAAAAAAGAAACUACAAUCCUCAUGCCUGUUAGUUUCCCUGAGCCAAGUGGAAAAAAAGAUGUCCCUGACUUUUUUAAGAUUUUAAGUGACACCCAAGGGAAACCACCAGUGCCUUGGCCAUUGAAGCCUCCUGCAUGCUCCCCAAACCCCAGCAGUUCCAUCUGCAGUCUUCACAGUUGUGUCCUGAGCCGUGCGGUAAAGUGUGGUGAGAGAGGUGCUAAGGGAUGGGAUGUGGGUCUUUCCUGUGUUAUUAAAACAUUAAAGUUGUUUUAAAGCUGUCCAAAUCCCCUCCUUGUUAAGCUUAAUUAGCUAAUAAGACUCUUUAUACAAGCAAAACCAGGUAAGGGAAAGCAAGUGCAUUUCAAGCCCUAGCACACUCCCAAAUUAGCUGUAAUACCCACGGCAGGCGACCGCACCUCAAAGAGCCUGUGUCCUGUUCAAAAAAAGAUGAACUAAUGAGGGGCGGGGCACGGAGCUUUACCCAACCAGGGGCGCUGGGGUGGAGGUCGUCCAAUCAGGAGCAGCCUGAGAGCAGGGGCGGCUUCCGGUAUCUGGCUGGGGCCUUUGUUGGCUGCAGUCAGAUCUUGGGUCGCCUCACCCUGGUUCCGAGUCCUUCGAUCCGGGAGACCCAGGAGGCUUCGCGGUGUGAGAAUAAACAGAUCCUCUGUUACCCUGUGAGCUGCAGGCACCUGGAGAUCCAUAGCUAAGACGCCAGGACUUCCCGGAAACUGGGAAAUGGGACUGUUGACAUUCAGGGAUGUGGCCAUAGAAUUCUCUCUGGAGGAGUGGGAACACUUGGACUCAAAUCAGAAGAAUUUAUAUGGGGAUGUGAUGUUAGAGAACUACAGAAACCUGGUUUGUCUGGGUCUUACUGUCUCUAAGCCGGACCUGAUCACCUUUUUGGAGCAAAGGAAAGAGCCCUGGAAUGUGAAGAGUGCGGAGACAGUAGCCAGCCAGCCAGAUGUGUUUUCUCGUGAUACUCAAGACUUCUUGAGAAAGAAGCACAUAGAAGCAUCUUUCCAAAAAGUGAUGUUAGAUGGAUAUGGGAGCUGUGGCCUUCAGAAUUUACACUUAAGGAAAGAGUGUGAAAGUGACGGCAAAAUAAUCCUAUGGUGAAAGAAAUCAACACAGAGAUAAUCUCUGCUUGAGAAAAAAAAAUUACCUGGGACAGAAGACAAGUAAAUUUUCUGAGGAUGAUAAAAGUAUUGCUUUGAAAAGGGUGAAGUGUAUAUGGGUCUAUUUACUUGUCUAAAAGUUCCAUUUAAGGUUUAUGCCUUGCAAUGUACGUACAUCUUCACAAAAAAUAUCUUUAAAAAGUUAAGCAGGUGGGGAUAGGGAAAGGGUUAAAGUAUAGAUGAAGCAGAAGUGGUACAUGAUUAGAAGCUGAAGUUGGGUAACAGAUCUAUAUCCCAUUUGAUUUUUAAGUGUUAAUAGCGUUUGUAUAAAUGUACAAUAUUCAUUUACAACGUUAGCUCAGUAUCUUGUUUACCUUUGGACAGGGAGGGAGAGAGAAAGUUAUUUUCUGGGCAGGAGUAAAGCUGCUUCCACUCCUCAGUUAUGUAAAGUCUCUGUUACAUGAAUGUUUCUGUAUGCAUGUUGUAUAGCAAUAAAAAAGUUAAAUAUUACAUAUUUGCACAACAAUCCUAGCUCACUAUCAGAAUAUUGUCAGUGUUUUCUUUUGUCCUGAAGUGGAACACGAUCUCUUAUGGCAUUAUCAGAUGGGUUUGAAUAUUCUAAAGUAUCAAUGUCCUGAUCUUUUGGACACCUCUUGGGUCUUUCCAUUUUUGCCUUAAUUUGGUAAGUGGCAUGGUUUUGAUUUUUUGAGAUGAAACUUUUCCCAGCAAAGUCUUUUCCCCGCAGUGAUGCUCUGAAGGCCAGGACACCUAGCACAGGACCCUGGGCACAGUCUGCACUCAGUACACGUGGAGCAUGUUGAUCAGGAACAAAAGGAGUAGCAAAGGUCAGUUCCUGCAAAAGAUGAGUAGAUUUAAUACAGGUAUGACUGAAAGGCGGCAGCUCAGGGGUAAACAUUUUAUAUUCAUUCAAGAGACAAUUUGCAACUAGUACACCAAAAACAUUUGGCUUAAAGCAGUACUUUGGGGGCUUGGCUACACUCUGUAAUCACCCGGAGAACUUUAAAUAAUACUGAUGUCUGGAUCCUACUCCAGGGAUUUUGAUUUUAUUGGUCUGUUGCAAUUUAGAUUUUAGGACUUGUAAAACCCCUGCAUGUGACUCUAAUGUGGAGUCAGGGGUGAGACCCACUGUUUCAGGGUGAGGAAUGCGUUAGCUGUGUGUGAUAUCUAUGUGUGCUGCAGGUAUUUGCCCUAUGACUACUCCUGUAUUUGGAGUCUUGGAAAUUGCAGCAGUAGGGAAUGUCUGUCUACUGAUCUGUUUUUUAUAUUACUUGCCUUUAAAGUAAGAGGCUAUUUCAGGCUCAGUAAUUUGAUUUAGUCUUUGUUGAAAGCAUAAAUAACUGGAACAUACUAAAAUGAAAAGAAUUUGCAAAUGUGAGAAUUUGCAAAGAUGUGGAGUGUGUUCUUAUAUGUUUUCCGAUUUCUCUGUUGAUAAGAAAUGAAUAAUGUUGGGCCUUGACGUCCAAAGCUCAGUUCUCAGACACUUUCUCAGAUUAUUUGAAGACCUUCCAAGUUGCGUCAGAAGCAUUGUCCAAAGGAGAUUAUUCCCAAUAGUGAAGAGUAAUAGAUGGAUGAGAAUGUCUAAGGAAUCCUGCUUCUGUUGCAGAAGUGGCACUCUUCAGAACCUCAAGGGCUCAUGGAGUUCACGGGUUUGGAGUCAGGCAGAGUUGACCCUGAGUCCCAUCCAAGCCUCUUAAUAGACUAGUUACUGGACUUGGAGCAGUUAUGCAAGAAAAGGCAUAAUGAUACUGAUUGCAGGAAGGGGAACAAUUUAUUCCCCUCUCUAUCCAUGCCCUUUGAAAUGUGCACUUUUAGCUACUCCCAAGGAGGGAAAGAUUCUGUUUAUCCAAUCCUUGGAUCUGACUGGCUUUAUUUGCUGUGGCCAAUUCAUACUCAUUGUUCUAGUGCAACAAUUAGGCAUGUUUUGCUCCUCAUGCUAGUCUUUAAUUAAAAUUAACAUAUGUUAUGACAUUUUAUUUCAGCUGUGGUUGGAUAUAUUUAUUCUGCUCAUUAUUCUAGUUCACUAAUCCUCUUAUCGUCUCUGUUUAAUUUAGUGGUGACCCUAUACCUUGUCUAGUAACUCAAUUUUAUAUUAUUUAUAUUUUAAUGUGGCUUUUAGACUUUAGUUUCUUGUUCUUUCCACAAAAAUAGAUAUUGAUUGUCUA